AUGGAUUUAACAUCAAUGUCUAAUAUCUCGCUGAACUCAACUGCGGAUACUAAUGACACGAACGCGCCGAGACCACCGCCACAUUCACAGUACGCGGCAGUGUUGAUUAUUCUCGUGGUCACCGUAAUCAUCCUGGUGACCAUCGUGGGAAAUGUAUUAGUAGUGGUGGCCGUUUUUACCAGCCGUGCGCUCCGUGCGCCACAGAACCUCUUUUUGGUCUCUUUGGCAUCUGCUGACAUUUUGGUGGCCACUUUGGUUAUCCCGUUCUCACUGGCCAAUGAAAUUAUGGGAUACUGGUUCUUUGGCAGCACCUGGUGUGCCUUUUACCUGGCUCUGGACGUGCUAUUCUGCACGUCAUCUAUUGUCCACCUCUGCGCCAUAAGUUUGGACAGGUACUGGUCGGUGACGAAAGCGGUCAGCUACAACCUGAAGAGGACCCCACGGAGAAUAAAAAGCAUGAUUGCGGUGGUGUGGGUUAUAUCUGCUGUGAUAUCUUUCCCACCACUCAUCAUGACCAAGCAUGACGAGAUGGAGUGCUUGCUGAACAACGAGACAUGGUACAUCCUCUCAUCCUGCAUGGUCUCGUUUUUUGCACCUGGUCUCAUCAUGAUUUUGGUGUAUUGUAAAAUCUACAGGGUGGCCAAACAGCGCGCAGCCACCGUUUUUGUGGCUAAGAACGGGAUGGAGCGACAGCCAUCUCAGUCGGAGACAUGCUUCGUGCGUAAAGGCAAGUCGGAGGCGGAGAGCCCCAGCAGCAACAGCUCUGGAAGUCAAGAGCGCAAAGGCGAGCUGGAUGACAUCGAUUUGGAGGAGAGCAGCUUCUCCAACAAACAGAGGUGCUCUCGCUUCACCAAAAGCAGGAAAGUUGACGGGGCACAACCGUGCCCAAGGCAAAACGGACGCCUGUCAUGGGCAUGUAGUCGCACGUCAGACCUCGAUCCGGAUCCGAGGGCGCGCAAGCUGUCCUUAUCCAAGUCCAAACUGGCACAGAUGCGCGAGAAGCGCUUCACAUUCGUGCUGGCCGUGGUCAUGGGGGUGUUCGUGCUCUGCUGGUUCCCCUUUUUCUUCACGUAUAGCCUCCAUGCCAUAUGCCGGGAAAGUUGCACAAUACCGGAUUCUUUGUUCAAUCUGUUUUUCUGGAUUGGGUACUGCAACAGCUCAGUGAACCCUAUCAUUUAUACGAUUUUCAACAGAGACUUUAGGAAAGCGUUUACAAAGAUUAUGUGCCAUAGCCAUGCGCGCUCGUAAAUGUGAAUAUGUGUGCUGGCGUGUGUACAUGUGAGCGUUUACCUGCAUUUGACUUUGUGCGCGCAUCCAAAACGGAAAAAAGUGUUCGCGUGGUCCGCGUCUCUGUAAAUAGCAUUAAAAUAAGAGUGUUUUUCUCGCUAUUUGUUUACAUGGAGUGUUGUGCACUUACAAGUGAGAUUUUUAACACCAUUCUGUACAAACAAAUGUGAAAAUUUAUUCCAAGAUCACA